CCCAACUCGUAGCCGCCACUUGUUGAUAGUUGUGGCUGGAUUUUUAUGGCGUAAGCGUCGUUUCACCUAAGUACAUGUAGAAGGAGCAAGCAAUGUAUUGUGCCUAUGUACAUGAAUCGCGGGUGCCCACCCCUCCAAUUUCCAAAUACCUGUAUGUAUCCUUUGCAUUGUAAUUGCAAUACAAUACCUACUAUAACCGCCCAUAGGUAAGGUACAUUCCUCACCUAGGGCGUUGGACCAAAAAAAGAAGAAAAAAAGCAGUAGAAACCUGUGACGGGCUACGGCAUUCCUCACACUAAUUUUGAGCUGACUGUCGACCACCUCCUACCUGUAUCUACCCAUAUCUACCUAAACCACCUAAACCUGCUAAACUUAACAUACCAUAGUAUCAGGGUGCAUGUGGGCUUUGCAGGGUCCUAAUUACAUAUGUAGUGGUUAUUACGAAGUGGUUCUCUUUUUUAUUUAUUCAUUCAUUCAUCUGCCACCUUCGAUAGCCCUCUCUUUCACAUUUUCCAAUAAAUUCCACUACAGCGAGGCAUCUUUCUGUUAUUUCAAUUCGCCUCUCUACCCUUCUUUGCGUUUUCUCCUUAUAAUCGAGUCGGUUGUCUUUUCUUCUUCUUUUUUUUGCUCUCUCUCAUCCAUCUUGUCUAUACCUACAUAACUUUUUAGUUGUAUUGGAGAUAGAGGGAUAA